CGCGGCUAAAGGUGCAGACAUGGCCAAGUCCAAGAACCACACCACACACAACCAGUCCCGAAAAUGGCACAGAAAUGGUAUCAAGAAACCCCGAUCACAAAGAUACGAAUCUCUUAAGGGGGUGGACCCCAUCCUUAGGAACAUGCGCUUUACCAAGAAGCACAACAAGAAGGGCCUAAAGAAGAUGCAGGCCAACAAUGCCAAGGCCAUGAGUGCACGUGCCGAGGCUGUCAAGGCCCUCGUAAAGCCCAAGGAGGUUAAGCCCAAGAUCCCAAAGGGUGUCAGCCGCAAGCUUGAUCAACUUGCCUACAUUGCCCACCCCAAGCUUGGGAAGCGUGCUCAUGCUCGCAUUGCCAAGGGGCUCCGGCUGUGCCGGCCAAAGGCCAAGGCCAAGGAUCAAACCAAGGCUCAGGCUGCAGCUCCAGCUUCAAUUCCAGCUCAGGCUCCCAAAGGUGCCCAGGCCACUACAAAGGCUACAGAGUAGGUAUCUCUGUGUGCCAACGUGAGGACAGAAGGACUGGUGCGACCCCCCA